AUGUGCAGAGAAUUAUAUGCAAUUGUUCUUUUAUGGACAGUCUGUUUGGCAGUGCCAAUUUCUGAUGCAAAUUUGGAGGUCGAUUCUGAUCAACAAGACAGAUCUCGUGUAAAGCGUCAAUUUGCUCCAUAUGGUCAUUACAGUCCUUUUGGUGGUUACGGUGGAUUCUUAAAUCCUUCACCUUAUUCAUACAAAAUCAAGACUCCAUUUUUUAAAGUCAAAGUAAAGGGUGACCCCUACGCAUCACGUGGAGUUUAUCCUAAUUAUGGUUUGGGUGGUGGUUUUCAUUCUCCUAUUCAUAAUUAUGGUUUUGGUGGUGGUUUUCAUUCUCCUAUACAUUCGCCAUACAAUUUUUACUACAACCAAAAUGCUUUUGGAGGAUUUGGAUAA